AUGAGUGUGCGUUUAACUGCUCCUAAGUCUAACGUCUCGACUGUCGAGGCAGACGAUAAGAAUACAGCCACUGAAAAACACGAUGACCUCGCUACGCUUAGUGUCAUUCAUGGCUUAGCGAUACCCGCCAGCGAGGACCGGCGCAAGCGUUUCUGGUGGCAGUGGGGGCCAAAACACGAUCCCAACGCGAUUGCGACGCAAAUCAGCGUCUUUGAUGACCCAGCCACUGCAGCGCAAUACCAGCCACGCAAUGACUGGGAAAACAUCCAUCGCUUCGAUCCCGAGGCCCGUUGGACAUGGGGCGAGGAGAGCAAGGUCGUGCGCAAACUGGACCUGUACAUCAUGGUGUUUGCAUGUGUGAUGUUCAUGUCGCUCGAGCUUGACCGCGCCAAUAUUUCGCAAGCUAACUCGGACAAUUUCUUGGGGUCUUUGAACAUGAAUACUAACGACUUCAAUCUCGGAAAUACCGUGAAUAAGGUCUGCUUCCUGCUGGCCGAGAUUCCCUCGCAGCUUAUAGGCAAGAGGCUCGGCCCCGACCGAUGGAUUCCCAUCCAGCUUCUCCUGUGGUCCGUUGUGUCCGCUUGUCAGUUCUGGCUCAAGGACCGAGCGACCUUCCUCGCUUGUCGCGCGCUGCUGGGCAUUCUGCAGGGUGGCUUCAUUCCAGAAACCGUCCUGUUCUUGUCCUACUUCUACACUCACAGCGAGCUGUCACUGCGGUUGAGCUUCUUCUACAAUGCGAUCAGUCUGGCCGAGAUCAUCGCAUCAUUUCUCGCCGUCGGUCUGCUAUCCAUGCAGGGAGUAGCCGGAGUGGAGGGUUGGCGGUGGCUGUUUUUGAUCGAGGGCUUGAUCACCCUUGUCGUCGGCCUGUUGGCUGUCGGCCUCUUACCUCCGGGCCCAACGCAGACCUGCGGCAGAUUACGAGGAAAGAAUGGGUGGUUCUCGGAACGAGAGGAGAUUAUCAUUGUUAACCGUCUCAUUCGCGAAGACCCGGGAAAAGGAACGAUGCACAAUCGACAACCCAUCACGCCGAAGCUGCUGUGGCAGAGUCUCGGAGACUACGAUCUGUGGCCGCUUUUCCUUCUCUCGCUCGUCUUUCAAACCCCGGCCAGCCCACCAGGAACGUAUUUGACCCUUUCAUUGACUGAUCUCGGCUUCAACACCAUCCAAACCAAUCUGCUAACCAUCCCAUACGUCGCGGGAACCAUGAUUACCAUGUGGUCCUUGACCUACUUCUCCGAGGUAUUUGGCGAGCUUUGCCUGACCGCACUGUUCGGCCAGAUAUGGGUCUUUCCGUUCCUCGUUUAUAUGAACGUCGUGAAUAUGACUGCCAUAAACAAGUGGAAAGCGUGGGCAAUAACCUCGCUACUGCUAUGUUAUCCAUCGGCUCAAGCAAUACAGGUGGGCUGGGUUUCGAGAAACUCUAAUGUCGUUCGUUCUCGUGUCGUCUCCGCUCCAAUGUACAACAUGGUGAACCAGGUCGGCGCCAUCAUUGCCAGCAACAUCUACCGAGCAAAUGACUCUCCCCGUUAUGCAACCGGAAAUAAAGUUCUUCUUUCCCUCCUAAUUUUCAACAUCUUCAUCUACCUCUUCACUAAGUUCUACUACGUCAUGCGCAAUCGCCGGCGUGAGGCAAAGUGGAACGCCAUGACCAGGGAGGAAAAGGUACAUUAUCUGGAGACAACGACCGAUGAGGGGAACAAGCGGUUGGAUUUCCGGUUUGCCCAUUAG